GAAAAACUACAAAUCCCACGAAUCUCUUGGCACGGCGCAUGCGUUGUUGUACCAUAACGACAUGACGAACGGUUAUGUUUUCAGUAGCAACCGUUAUUCCGAACUGAAUAAAGUUGGCGUAAAAGAUUGAAACAUGUCCUCUAUAUUGGAUGAGACAGCAGCAGAUGUGCCGGUCAAAGACAUCACAGUCACCUUGUCCAGACUUACAGCUGCUGUACAAGACUCGUCGGUGUACCAGCAUGCUCGGGCCAGACAGGACAUCUCUCGGGUGUCCAGGGAGGAGCUGGAGGAUCGAUUCCUGCGUCUCAACGAGGAGACGAUGCUCCUCAAACAGCACAUUAACAAACAGGACGACAAGAUUAAGAAACUGGGCACCAAGCUGAUGAGGCUGGUGAAGGAUCGAGGCCGGAUGGAGCAGCUGGCGGCCGGAGGAGCUCAGCCGCUGUCCAGGGUUCGAGACGUGGAGAUGGAGGAGAUGGUGGAGGAGCUGCAGGAUAAAGUUCGGCGGCUACAAACCGAGAACGAAGGACUGAAGCAGCGCCUCCUACUGGCCAAGCAGCAGCUCGUCAACUCUCAGAGCCACAGGCCGACGCCGUACGGACACGUCCAGUCACGAGUCAACUCUGGACUGAAGAGGUUAAGAGACGACGCUUCGUCUCCUUCUCAGGCUCGACCGAAAAGUACGAGGAGUUUGGAGGGAGGCGGCAGACCUCUGACCGGUCAGCUGCCUCGGUAUGGACACAGUCUGCUGGAGGAGGCGAGGGCUGAAAUACGCAACCUAGAAAACGUGAUCGAGUCCCAGCGGAGCCAAAUGGAGGAGCAGGAAGGAAUCUCAGAGCUGCUGAGGGAGGAACUGAGGAAGAAGGAGGCCGAGUACGAAGAGAAACUCCUGCAGGUCCGACAGCAGCAAACCUCCAAACUCAGGUCUCACGUCAGCAGCAACGUGACGAUGAUCAAACUGCAGAAGCAGCUGGAAGACAGAUCCAACGCCGUGGCCGAGCUGGAGGGUCGAUUCCUGCAACUGCAGGAGAGUCAGCAGGCAUUGAAGGCCAGUCAUGAGGCGGCGAUGGCGAAGGUGGACGAGCUGUCGGCUCAUCUGAAAGACGAGCGGCUCAAGAGUCUGGAUCUGGAGAAGCAGCUGCAGAGCUCCAGUAUAUCCAGGCUCAGGAUGGAGCAGCUGCAGGAGAGAAUCGGUGAGCUGGAGCAGGAGAGAGACCUGCUGAAGGACAACAAUGACAAACUGGUCAACAGUGCCUUUGAUGUAUCUCAGCAGCAAAAAUGGCAGAUUCAGGAGCAGCAGCUGAGGUUACAGAUCUCUCAGCUGGAGACGGCGCUGAAGGCCGACCUCGUCGACAAAAACGAAAUCCUCGACAAAAUCAAGGCUGAGAGAGAUACAAAUGAGAAGCUGACAGAAGAAAAUAAGAAACUUCAGAUCCAGUUUCUGGAACAGAAGCAGCAGCUGGAGGAGCUGAACGGCCGGAUGAAGUUCUACAACAGAGAGGGAGAUUAUGAUGUGGCUGAACUCACUGAGGCUCUGAUGCUGAUUAAAACCCGCAAAUCCCAGAAGAACGGAGAUCUGGGCUUCCUGAAGGAGGUGGAGGAGGAGGCGAACAGCACUGAGAGCUCCGUCAGAGAGCUGAGAGCCGCUCACGCUGAAACCAUCCAGGAGCUGGAGAAGACCAGAAGCUUGCUGAACGUGGAGAACAAGAUCAGCAAAGACUACAAGGCGGAGCUGGACGCUGCGGUACGGAAGAAGGAAAGUGAUAAAGUCGAGUACGAACAGAAGCUGGAACGUCAGGCUCAGCUGCUGGACACCAGGGCGGCAAAGAUCAGGAAGCUGGAAGCUCAGCUCAGAGAAAUCGCCUACGGCACCAAAACCUACGUCUUCAAACCGGACGUCACCGGUGAAGACGAGGCAGGCGAGUUCAACGAGACUCUGCAUCUAGAACGAGGAGAAAACCUGCUGGAGCUUCAGAUCGUCAGCGCCGCUCUGUCUCCGUCCGCCCUGCAGGUCCUGGGCGACACCGAACCCUCCACCUUCUGCACGUAUUCCUUCUACCUGUUCGACCUGCACUCCACUCCGGUGGUGACGGGACGCCAGCCCAGAUACGGCUUCACCUCCAGGUAUGUGGUGAACAUGGACGACGGCUUCCUGCACUACCUGCACAGGUACUCGGUCAUGGUGGAGCUACAUCAGGCGCUCGGUCUGGACUGGAGGACGCUGGCGAGCGGACAGCUGAGGCUGCAGCAGCUGCUGGAGCAGGACGGGAAGAUCCACGGCAGCAUACCGCUGGUCGGAACAAGUGAGGAGAGUCGGACCUUUGGUUCAGUGGAUUAUUGGCUGAGGCUGAGGAUCCCCAUGACAGAAACCAUCCAGCUGUUUAAGGAGAAGCUGAAGGCUGUAGGAUACAUCAGUCAACCUGCACAGCUGCAGCCGUCCAGCAGCAGCAACAACGAACUCUUCAUCACCGUCCAGCGCUGCUCAGACCUCCAGUCCAGAAGCUCUCAGCUGCCGAGUCCCUACGUCGUCUACAAGUUCUUUGACUUCCCCGACUACCCGACCUCCACCGUCCACGACCGCUGUGAUCCGACCUUCAACGACCUGAAGUCCUACGCAGUUCUGAUGGACGUGGAUCUGGACCAGUACCUGCAGUCUGAUGUCCUGCAGUUCUACGUGUUCGACUACAAGGAGGAGCAGAUGGAUACGUACCUGGGGAAGGCCAGAGUUCCUCUUCUGGGACUGGCCCACGACCAGAACGUCACUGGUGUGUUUCAACUGGUCGAUCCCACUGGUCUACCUGCCGGCCACAUAGAAGUCACACUGAAGUGGAAAUCCACUUACCGCCGUCCACCAGGAUCUAUCAUGGCUCCUGAAGAACCCAGAUUUAUUCCAGAAGAGAAACCUGUAGAGGAAACAUCUGGACUGAAUCAGGAAAAAGAGACAGUGGAGGAACAAAAGAAAGACUCACAGCUGAAAGAUGCCAAAGAGAAACUGCAGGAGGAAAACAAAGACCUCCAUCAAUCCACCUCUCAACCUCAAGCAGCUGCUACUAAGGCUCCACUGCCCAAACUCAGAACGAAAACACUAGUAAAGGAAACACCGGCUGCCAGAAGAGUCACAUUUGUAGAAACCACAUCUUUGGACGAACAGCUGGAAGAACGAAGCUCAGCAGCUUCUAGUAGGUCUGCAGAGAAGAGAGAAACAUCCUUACCUGCUAUCAAGGUUUUGUCUAAAGCUCCUCAAAGCAACACAGAGAAAGAAGACGAUGAUGAAGAGGAAGAGUCCCACGUCUCUGAAGGACAGCUGGUCCCAGUGAGCACUCAGUCCUACUCUGACGACUCGGAGAUCUCUGAGGAAAUAGCUGAAGAUGUUGAGGAGGCUCCGGCAGCUGCAGAGGAUCAGAGCGAAUCGACUCAGUCCGACAGCGAUGACUGCAUCGUUCACGGUCAGGCCACAGGGAGGAAGCCGUCGGAGCGUCUUCGGGUGGAGAUCGUCUCUCUGAGCCUGAAGCCGGACUCUCGGGUGUCUCAGGACGUCAGCGUGGUUCGUCUGUUUGUCGAAUACUCCAUCCUGGACCAGCCCACUGAGGAGACCCCCCUGUCUCUGCCCAAACCUCCACCGGGCCGGAGCAUCAACUACAACUACAGCAAAGUGAUUCCUGUUGACGCUGAAACCAACGAGGCGAGGCGACGCCUGUUGAGGGGAGUCCUGCAGGGUCGAAACCCUCAGAUGGAGAGGAUCCGGUUCACGGUGGUCAGCGAUCCUCCAGAGGAGGAACAGGAGAAGGAGUGUGAAGACGUCGGCGUCGCCUUUCUGAGGAUUCCUGAGAUCCUGGAGAAACAACGAGACCUGAUGGAGGCCAGUCUGGACGUGUUGGACGUUGAGGACAGCCGUCAGCUGAUCGGAUGUCUGACCGUCUCUGUGGAAGGACUGGAGGCUCUGAGAUCCAUCAUGGAGGACGACGGCAGCGACUGAAGCUCCGCCUCCUCGCCGUUUAGAUCACUGCGAGGCAACAGCAGACAGAUUUCACCUCACAGUCAGGCAGCUGAAGCUUUAACACUUUAUAUCAAACACUGACUCAGACUUUACACUGUGUUUGUAUUUUGUACAUAUUUAGUAAAACAGUUGGAACAUUUUAUGCUCAAAUGCUUUUAUUUUUUGCCAAAAUAAACACAGAGACUGUUCAGACUGAAAUAUCUCAGCAGCCGCAGGAUGGAUUGUUAAAAAUCUGAUUCUUUAAAUUCAGUUUCCACCAGAAAAAGACUGGAUGAAGUUUGAUUUCUUUCGAAAGUCGGUGUUCCUUAUUACGUGUUGCAGCAGCUUUUCACUGGAUUUGGUAUAGAUUUAUUUCAACACUAAAUCAGCCAUAAUGUGAAUUUUCACCCAAUUUAACUCAUUUUUGUCUGUUAGAGGCUGAGAUAAGACGGUAAAAGUGUUGUCUGUUUGUGGAUAAAACAUUGGAUCAAAGUUAUUUAAGAGGCUAAUCUGUGUUAAAAUAAAUCUACUGAGGUCUGUUUUGAAUGUAAAUGAAGUUAUUUAUUUUGUAGAGUUUUGUACAAAGACUUGGAGUGGCAGGUUUGUGGUUAAAGUGUACAGCAGUGAUCUGUGUUUAAGAUGAUUUAACGUGUUGAAUUAAAGUGUUUAACGUGUUUCAGGUUUUAGUUUCACCUGCAGGUGAUGAAUUAAUUGUCUGACAGGUGAAAAACUGAACCAGGUAAGUCGACUCUGGAGGCAGUCAGAUGUUUUAAGUGACACAAACUACAGCUAAUGUGCCUUAAAUUUGAUUUUUUCUGUAUGAAGUUUUAUAUUGUACUCUAAUAAAGAGUUUUUAUACAUUUUUCUU